AGAAGUACACGUAGAAAAUACUUCUGCUAUUUCGUCACUCAAUGACGUAGAUCAGUGUGUGUUCUGUCAAUGAAAAAACACUUCCUCUUCCCCAAACCAGCACCUGGUGUUUUGCUUAAAAGGAAGAGCAUCUUUAUUUUGAAAGAUUAUUUCUUGACGAAAAGAGUUGGGCAACAAUUUACUUAAUUUGUCGUUUGCAUGUGCGGGGAUAUUGAAAGGUGGAAGCUUGACAAUGCAAUGUUAUUGAUAAUUUGAUGUUUUAUGGAGUUAACAUUCAAUACCCCCAUCGCCCAUUGAUUUAUUACAAUUUCAACAACAACAAAAAAGUUGUGUGGAAUUCAGAGUGGUGGCACCAGUAUUUCCAGUUACAACACUGUAAAUUCCAUAGCAGCUAUGAUGAAGGAUCCAAAUAACAUUUCACUGCUUGGAACCAAGUGAGUGUCUCAUGAAUCUCAGCACUCAUUGUCCAUCAUCCUCGCUGUGUUCUUUUGUCUCCUCGCGCCCCGUUCAUCCAAAAGUCCGCCUUAAGAUGAUUGUCUUUUUUAUUAUCUGAUUGUUUCACGUGGCCGCCGGCCAAUCAAAUAAAGGCUCCGCGCAGCGCAAAGACCUCUGUGCGGCUGCGUUAUGUCCCCCGGGGGGCGUUCAGCCGUUAUCUCUGGAUGUCCGCUUCCCUUGACAUAUAUGGACAGACCCGUCGCACAGCCUGCCUGACAAUGCCGUCCCAAAAUAAUCCGCCGCGGCACAGCUGAGCCCCGCCGCCGGGUCACGUCCCCUCACCGGCCGCCAUGACGAAAUUCAUCUACUCGGAGUACUUAUCUCAGUUCCGCAAUGCCGGAGGUAAAUGCAAUAAGGUUUCGUCGAGACCGCGGGGAGAUAGGAGGAGAGGAGACGCGGCGUCGGACCCGGAGGAUGUUGGCCCGGCGGUGUUCGCCAUCAGGAGGGGUGACGUGAAGGCCGUCAAUGAUCUCGCCACAUCCGCCCCUCUCAGCCUGCUGAGGGAGAACAAAGAUGGCUGGAUCCCUCUGCACGAUGCUGCCUUCUCUGGACAGGCCGAGUGCCUGGAGAUCAUACUGAGGGCUCAUCCUGCAUCGGUAGACAAACGUACCUUACAGGAGCAGACGGCCCUGCUGCUCGCCGUGUCUUCUGAACACUUGUCAUGUGUCCAGUGCCUCCUGGACGCAGGCGCCGACCCCGACAUCAGCAGCAAGAACAAAGAAACACCUUUGUACAAAGCUUGUGAGUUGGACAAUAUGGACAUGGUGAGCUGCCUUCUGUCCCACGGGGCCACCGUGAACCAACGGUGUGGUCAGGGUUGGACAGCCCUCCACGAGGCCGUGUCCAGGAACAACACAGACAUCUGCGAGGUGCUAAUAAGAGCGGGGGCCGCGAUCAAUCCACCCAACACCUACAGCGUUACACCACUCAUUGUAGCGGCGCAACGAGGACAGACGGGGGCGCUCUGCUACCUUAUUGGAAAAGGUGCGGAUGUGAACAUGCAGACAUGUGAUGGGGUCACAGCUCUGCACGAGGCCAGUAAAAAUGGCCACAAGGAAAGCGUCGCUCUGCUGUUGACUAAACACGCAGACGCUAACAAACCCACCAACUCAGGACUUCUGCCGCUGCAUAUUGCUGCUCAAUUUGGACACCAUGAGGUCGUGUCCAUGCUCGUGUCGGCCACGAGUCGAGCCAGGCUCCGCCACAGCUGCGUCAGCCCCCUCCACCUGGCAGCCGAGCACAACAGACACGCCGUGGCAGCUGUGCUGCUCAAGACAGGUGCAGAUGUAAACGCGACGCUGGCCCACAGUCACUCCGUCCGGUACGCCGAUCGACGGGCGACAGCCCUCUACUUCGCGGUCGCCAACGGCGGCACCAGGACGGCAGAAGUGUUACUGAACGCUGGCGCCGAUCUUAGUCUGGACCCGGUCAGCCCUCUGCUGAUGGCUGUGCAGCGGGGCUGUGUCAGCACGGUGUCCUUGCUGCUGGAGAAAGGGGCCCAUGUCAACACCGGAAUACCCUCCUGUGCCACCACGUUCCCCGCUGCCGUCGCCCUUUGCAUGAGUAAUUUGUCUCUACUCAAGUGUCUUUUGGACAACGGCUGUGACGCCCUCUCCUGCUUUGCCUGCACAUACGGAUGUGCCCCUCACCCGUCGACAGGAGCGUCCCACGUAACAACCGUUGGCGGCAAUGGACUGUCUUUGCAGAACGACAGUACGCUUCCUUUAAGCUGCAGUGAGCCACCAAAAAAAGCAACACAGUUCUGUGAGUGGAUCUCAACACCCGUUAUCAGUAAAUGGGCCGGACCGAUCAUAGACUUGCUGCUGGAGCACGUCGGCCAUGCUCAGCUCUGCAGCAGGCUCACUGAACUGCUGGACAGCCGAGAAGAGUGGCUCGCCGUUAAGAGGAAGUCAUUGUCACCUCGUCCACUGCUGCACCUUUGCAGAUUUCGGAUCCGGAGCCAGAUGGGGAGACACAGACUGAAGUCUCUCACGACUCUACCUCUGCCAGACAGACUGAUCAGAUACCUGAGCCUAGCUGACUGACUUUAAUCUGAACUUCAAGCGCUAUGCGCAUCAUAGAUGUGACUAAAUUUGUGUUUCCUUUUUUAGCUGCAUUGAAUGUCUUUUAUUUGGAGAUGCAAUUAUCUAUGUGUGAUAUCUAUUUAUAACAUAAUGUUUUUCUUUAAUCUGUCCGUCAGAAUGUUUUGCAGUUUUUACACAAAUGGUCAAUGAAAGCAAAAAUAAUCUAAUA